GGCCGGCUUCGCCCUGCCAGGACCUGCCGGGCUCCAUUCACGCCAACAAGUUUGGGAGAAUGUUGAGUUCAAUCGCGCCGGAGCCGCGAUGGAGCGCAGCGCACUGCAGUGGGUCGGCGCCCCGUGCGGCUCGCACGGCCCCUACGUCUUCUACAGGGCGUUCCGCUUCCAGCGCCGCGGCGGCGGCCGGGCGCGGGUCCUCUCUCUCGGUGACUUCUUCUUCGUGCGGUGCCGCGCGGAGGAGCCCGCCUGCAUCGCGGAGCUGCAGCUGCUCUGGGAGGAGCGCACCAGCCGGCAACUUCUCUCCAGCGCCAAACUUUAUUUUCUCCCCGAGGACACCCCCCAGGGCCGGACCAGUGACCAUGGCGAGGAUGAAGUUAUUGCUGUUUCAGAAAAAGUUACUGUGAAGCUUGAGGACUUGGCAAAAUGGGCACAGUCCGAUUUCUCCAAGUGGAAGUGUGGUUUCCGGGCUGAGCCGGUCCAGCCCAUGGAUGUGGGGAAGAAUGGGCAGAAAGAGGCCUUGACAAGAUACAGACAAUCCACGCUGAACAGUGGCUUGAACUUCAGAGAUAUUCUGAAGGAAAAGGCAGAGCUUGGUGAGGAUGAUGAAGAUUCAAACCUUUUAAUUCUCAGCUACCCACAGUAUUGCCGAUACCGUUCCAUGUUAAAGCGCAUUCAGAACAAGCCCUCUUCAAUACUAACAGACCAGUUUGUUCUCGCCCUUGGAGGCAUUGCAGUAACGAGCAAGAACCCCCAAAUCUUCUAUUGUCGGGAUACAUUUGAUCAUCCUACCCUAAUAGAAAACAAAAGUAUAUGUGAUGAGUUUGCGCCAAAUCUUAAAGGCAGACCGCGCAAAAAGAAGCCUUGCCCACAGAGAAGAGAUUCAUUAAAUGGCAUUAAGGAUUCCAACAAUAAUUCUGAAAGCAAAGCUGUUGCCAAGGUAAAAUGUGAGGCUAAGUCAGCUUUGCCCAAACCCAAGAGUAACAACAGCAACUGUAAGAAAGGCUCAAGUGAGGAUAAAUCAAAGAUUGCCAUAGGUGAAGAAUGCAGAGCUGAUGAGCAGGCUUUCCUUGUGGCUCUUUAUAAAUAUAUGAAAGAAAGGAAAACACCAAUUGAACGAAUACCCUAUUUAGGUUUUAAGCAGAUUAACCUUUGGACUAUGUUUCAAGCUGCUCAAAAACUGGGAGGAUAUGAAACAAUAACAGCCCGACGACAAUGGAAACAUAUUUAUGAUGAAUUAGGUGGUAACCCUGGAAGCACAAGUGCUGCUACUUGUACUCGCAGACAUUAUGAAAGAUUAAUCCUGCCAUAUGAAAGAUUUAUUAAAGGAGAGGAAGAUAAGCCACUGCCUCCAGUGAAACCUCGAAAACAGGAUAACAGUUCCCAGGAGGGUGAAGCGAAAACAAAAGUGUCUGGAACAAAACGCAUCAAAAAUGAAAACCAAAAGAGCAAGAAGGAAAAAGAUAAUUCACAGAAACCCCAAGAUGCAUCUGAGGUUUCAUCAGAACAAGAGAAGGAUCAAGAAUCAGCAGACCAGAAGAACUCCCCUGAACACCCUACAGUGGGAGAGAUGAAACAACCUGUGCAAGGCCCUCCAUCUCUUUUACCAGAGACAGCUCGGACACUGCCUCUGGAGAAGACAGACGUGACAGAAAACAGUGAGAAAGCCAAGGAGGAGGUUCAGCACUCAUCCUCUUUCUCAAGUAUAUCCAUGCCUGCAGAAGAAGACACUGUGCUGGAUGCCACUGUUGCAAAGCGAUUACAGCCCCCAACAGAUGCCCUGGAAGACUCAAAGCCUGAACAAAGACUCCACAAAGCUUUUACUGACAGCCUAGAAGAUGAACCUCCAGAAAUGCCCUUUACAGCUUUCCCAGAUCAUCUUCCCACUCAGAGUGACAUGGAAGAUGAGAAACUGCCAGGGAUGGCUGAUUACAUCGCAAACUGCACAGUGAAAGUGGACCAGCUGGGAAAUGAAGAUAUCCACAAUGCACUAAAGCAAACGCCCAAAGUACUGGUGGUGCAGAACUUUGACAUGUUUAAGGAAAAGGAGCUGCCUGGGUCCAUGAGCGAUGACUCCACUUUCAGUUACACACCGCUGCUGUACUCAAAAGGUAAUCCAGGCAUCAUGUCACCCCUGGCAAAGAAGAAGCUGCUGUCACAGGUCAGCGGGGCCACGCUCUCGUGUAACUAUCCUUAUGGUUCUCCUCCACCUUUGAUCAGCAAAAAGAAACUCAGCAGCAGAGAUGAACUGUCCUCAGGCAUAUCACAAGGUCCCCAUGCCCCUAAUUCUGAUCCUGUAGCAAUUAAUAGGCCCUCAGUCAUACAGCAUGUACAAAGUUUUAAAACCAAGGAAGAAAGGAAGUCAAUUAAUGAUGUUUUUAAACAUGACAUGCUAAAUAAACCGGAUUCUCAGCGCUGUGAUUUUUCAAAACACCACCUCAGUUCUCUUGCUGAGUCAUACCUACCGAAGUUGGAUAUCCAGGACUGCAAAGAUAAAUUGAGUGAGAAAAGGUCGCUGCAGCACUCCCAUGUGCCCACUUUCUUGGCAGAUUUCUAUUCAUCGCCUCAUCUGCACAGCCUUUAUAGGCACACAGAACACCACCUUAAUAAUGAACAGACAUCAAAGUAUCUCCCCCGGGACAUGUUCAGAGAGUCUGAAAAUAGUUGUACUUUUACUCAACACAAACACCAAGAAAAACUAAAUUUACAUUAUCGCCCAUCUUUGCAUCAGCAAGAAAAAAAGGCAACAGUGGAGGCUUCUUCAGAUGAUCAGCCAACAGAUUUGAGUCUUCCAAAGAGCAUACACAAACAGACUGCAAAGGUUCCAGGCUCCAGUCUCCCUCACUCGUCCACAGCCCAGCAUGAAUGCAAAGGGAUCUCCCCGUUCCAGGCUGGAAGCAGCCAGGCUGUGAGCCUAGACUGCAGCCCCAAAGCUUGCCACGUGUCCCCUAUGGCCUUGACAACCCCAAAAAAACACAGUGAGUUGCUACACAGGUCUGGGAAGCAGCAGGCCCAGAGGCUGGAGAACCUGAGGAAGAUGGAGGGGAUGGUGCAUCCUAUCAUCAACCGCAGAACGAGCCCUCAAAACGUUGGAGCUGCCCGGCCUCUGAAACGGAGCCUGGAGGAUUUGGACAAAGUCAUUUCUGAAAAAAAAAUCCGAGCUGUCUCUCCUAUUCACUCACCAAAGGAGACCUCGACGAAAGACAAGGUUCCCGACCAAGAGGGGGAAGGUAGCAAGUCAGUGCAUGGCUUCCAUUCUGGCAGCAUGCUGGAAAGCCACAAAUUUCCCCUGUCAGCCCCCAUCUUCCCAGGCUUGUAUCCAGGAAGUCUGUGCACAGGGCUGAACAAUCGCCUCCCACCCGGGUAUUCUCAUCCCCUGCAGUACUUGAAAAAUCAGACCGUGCUAUCCCCACUAAUGCAACCUUUGGCUCUUCACUCCUUCAUGGUGCAGAGACAAUUCCUCACAUCCCCUGCAAACUCCCAGCAACUGUACAGACACUUAGCUGCAGCAACACCUGUAGGAAGUUCCUACGGUGACCUUUUGCAUAAUAGCAUUUAUCCUUUAGCUGCUAUAAACCCUCAAGCUGCAUUCUCACCUUCCCAGCUAUCCUCAGUACACCCCAGCACAAAACUGUAAACCCAACUUGCUCACAAAAAAUGGUUGAAGAGAAAAGUUCAGUUAGCGACAUUCCUCCCCUGUGACGAUGUCUUGCAGAUUUAGCAAUCUGUAUUUUUGUCAACCAGGAUGCAGUUCUGUCCCACCUGGAGGAGCAUCUUGGAGUUUGAUGGAGACAGGUCUGCUUCCUUAAUUGUGGUUCCCACAUCAGCCCCCUCACCCUUUAUCCCUGCCCUUGCAAAAAAAGAAAACCAACCAACCAAAACAAAACAAAACAAAGCAAACAACAACAACAAAAAGAAAAAAACGGAAAAAAAUUUUUUUGGGAUUUUGCGUAUGUGUUUUUUGAAAGGACUUGAACAUGGUAAGAGCAGGUGUUCAAAGGGAGCCGUGGAAAUGCAGUCCCAGUCCUGAGCUCACUGAAACCCUGGUGAGGGCUGCGUUUGCCUUUCACUGAGCCGAGGACCGGAGGCUGUGCAUUGUUGCAAAUGAGUCAAAGACUUCAGAUGAACCUGGAAAGGAGAAGUGGGCCAAGAAUCUGUACAAUCAGUGGAUGUGCUUUUUUGGGUAACUUUUCCUGACUUUUAAAGAUUCAAUCAAUGCAAUGUAUAGUAAAACGGCAAUAGAUUUUUUUCAUUUUAACACUAUUAGAACAGAAUGGUAAACACUGUUUAAUUUGAUUGUACAUAUCCACUUCGUAAACUACCAGUGUCACAUUUGGUCACAAUAAUUUAUAUAGUUUCAUUUGUCCAGUAUAUUCUGUUCUCUUUAUGUUUGGGGUUUUUUGUUUCUUUUGAGUUCUUUUUUUUUUUUAAUUAAACAGUAUCAUUUUAUCUGCAACUUUUUUAAAGGCUGUGGCUGUCCUAUUUUUUUUUUAUUACGUGUUUGUAAUUUUUCUAGUUUCUUUAUACUUUUGAGAUGCGUUUUUGUUUUGUUGUCACUUUUACUGUUUACAAACUGAAGCAACUGGUUCAGAUUAAUCUUAAUGGUUAUAAACUUUCUGUAGGUGAUGUUAAUGGUGCAAGGAUGCAAACAAGGUUCUUUUCCCCAUGACCCACCCCUGUGAGGUGCUGAGCACCUCUCACCCUCCUCCUGUUGUUGCGAUUGCUCCUAUGCUGCUUCUCCCCUUCCACCGAGCUUUGCUUUCCUGUAUUGUGGUCUGUGAAUUUGUCAAGCAUUAUACUUAAUCUUACCUAGGCUGUGAAACCCUCCUGCCUACCAGAGAAGUGGUCUAGAAAACAAAACCUCCCUGGCUCAAGCUGCUGAGUGACAAAGGAGUGCAGAAAACAGAUUUGUCGUUUGGGAGAAUGUUGAGAAUUUCAGAAGCUGUGAGAGGAGUCAGUGUGGAUUUCAAUCAGAGGCUUACAGGUUUUUUCUGUCCCUCACAGUGGGUAAGGGGGUUCUGUGCAGUGGUCAGGGUGGUCCUUUCACACUCCCACAGGGAUCUGGGCCUCUCCCUGCGCAUCCUUUUGCAGGGGGAAAGCCCAGGCAUGGAGAGGCUGGAUUUUCCUGAUGAAAGAGCUUCCCUGUGGAUGUAUAUUUACUUUGCAGGAUAUCACUACUACGCAGCUGAGCACAGACACUGAUAAAGCAAAGUGUCACUUGGAGGCUUUAUACAGUGUGAAAAUUGGUUGUGGUUCAAACCAUCUCAGUUACUGUUCAAAGACAUUGUACUUGAUACAAAAAGAAAAAACAAACUAUUAAAAAACACUUUGCAUGCUAGGCAUGUCAUUAAAUUUUCCCGUGAUAUGAAACCAAAUACGAUAUAUAAUGUAUCAUACUUAAUAUCCAAAGGUGGAAACCAGAAUAAUAUACUCGUCUACUGUUAAAAAUCCAGCUUCUUCAAUUAAAUACUUUGUAUUCCUGUGGUAAAACUAUAUUUAAUUGAUUGAUAAACAGACUAGUAGAACUUGGAACAUGGAUGUGCAGAGAGUAUCCUGCUGCUCCACAAGUCAUACAGGAAACAGAACCGCAGGCUCAUCCAGGCAGGGGCCGCAGUGUGGAGGACAUCUCUAGUAAAGUUGCACUAGAUCUGAAUCACAUAAGAAUCAAGGGUUUGGGGAUGGUGGGGAGGAGGGUGGGGGAAAAGGGGGUAAGGAAUAUAAAAACCUACAGCAAACGCGAACAGAAGCUUGUUGUGUGUUUGGCUAAGCAAAUGCUUCUGCUUGUUUUGGUUAAGUUGUGUGUUCUGGAGUUAUGCAUUUGUUUACGCAAAGUGUCCAACGUCCCUUUUGGUUACGUCCUGUUGGAGUUUGCUGGUAGGCUUUUUGGAGCCACACUGAGACAGCACAGGACUGGGGGUCAAGAAGAGGGGAAGAAGGCUCCUCUCUUGCCCCAUGAGGAGACUGACCGCUGCUGGCUGGGGUAACUCAUACUGGGCAGAAUGUCAGGGCUAAGGAAAAGAAAUGGUGGCAUAAACCCCCAACAGAAGCAAUGCAUUAUUUGUUUAAGAACUCUUUUAACAGAAAUCUUGGAAAUCUUUCAACAGACUAUUGAAUUCUUCAUUGGCCGAAGUCUUUUUUUUUCCCUCAAUGUCUUAAAUGGGGCUUUGUUUGCAUUGUUUGAGUUCAAGGGGCCUUAUUAUUGAAUGAAAUUGCACAAGUCUUUCUUUGUGCAAUCAGACCAUUGUUAUUGGUAGGUUUGUAAAGGAAACUGCAGAAUCUAAUUGGCAAUAGAGUCAUAAAUCUAUUUACUGGGAGCCGGUUCCAAGAAGUGUUGCAAUUCAAACGCACUAUGUCCAGGAUGCAUUAGGGAUGCUAAAGGUUGUGAGAUCCAAAGGAGGAGGCCCUGCAGCAAACGGCUUGUGUGUGGCUUCUGGCCACACUCAGAGCCAGGCUUCAUGAAGCACAUGGGAAGUAGGGCCUGAUUGCCAGUGUGACUGUGCCCCUGGCCAGGCAGGGUGGGAGCAGGCCAGCAGUUUGUGGCAGGUCUGUUGCAGCUCUGAGCUGGACUAGUGUGAAGAGCUUGCCCAGUGGAUUCAUGCCUGGGAAGUAGUUUCCCCCAGCAGCAGAGAAGUUAGCUUGGCAGCAGCUGGAACUCAAGCAGGGUGCAAGUGCUGUGCUGCCUCUGCCAGCAGCUCUGCUCCAUUUGGGGAGAUGUGGGGCUGCUGCCUCCAGAGACCACCACGGAGGCCCCUUACUCCCACUGCCUGCUCGCUUCCUUUGUGGCGAUCAGUGAGGUCUCAUCUGGCCCAGUUUUGUGAUCGUGCUGAUUUUGGUGAGCAGUGGAACUUCCUGCACUGGUGUGAGGCAGGUGGCAUUGGCAGCACUGCCAUGAGCGCUGUUUGCUGUACAUGUGGUUGAUAUUUCGCUCAUUCUCUUUCUCUUCCUCCCCUGUCCCCCCAGCACCAGUUUUAAAUAUGUUCUAAUAAUGGCAGCAUAAUCUACUAGCUGUUUAUACUUUUUUAACUUUCUUUUGUUGUAAAUAUUGUAUACUUUUUGUGAUUCAAGUUAUGUAGCCUAUAUGCUCUGUAAGGUGAUGAUUUGUAUAUAUAAAAAUGGCCCAGUAAUAUUAUAUAGUUUCCCAUUUAAAAGGUUAUUGAGUAACCUUUGCAUUAGUUUAAACACUACCAGAAAUACAGCUGAGCCAACUAUAAACACUCAAUUUUUGUAUGUUUUCCAAAUUGUACUUAUUAAUGCUUUUGAUACUGUAUUAUGUGCCAAUAGUUUCCCAAUCACAUAGCAGGCAAAAGAUAUUUUGUACUUUUUGAUCCACUGUAAUAUUUAAUAAAAAAUGUUACUAUCUGUU